AUGACAGGUAAUUCUAACGGGAAUGCUACAUUCAAUGAAGAUGAAGAGAGUAUAUUGAGUGCGGUUGAUUCCAAUGCUAUUAAGCAAGAUAUCAAACUUUUAGAUAUGGAGAAUGUGUCUAGCGAUGCAGAGACUGAAAAAUUAGAGGAAUCUAAAGAUGGGGUUACGUCUAAGGAGAAAAAAGAAGGAGGAGGAGGAGACGUGCCUAGAAUUACUGAUCUUUUAAAGGAGAGCCAUGUGAAAAGCAGUACGAAUGUUGUGGCAAGUGCAUUGGAGGGUAUAAAUGAGCAAGUAAACUCAGAUCCUCUUAAGGAAAGUUCAAGAGAGCCUGAACACCUAGAGCAGAAGCCAGUGUUGACUGAGCAAAACGAAUUAGCAGCAGAAAAGAAGGAAGAUUUCACAGAAAAGAAGGAAGAUUUCAUAGAAAAAAAGGAAGUAGAAGAACACCCUAAAGAAAAUUCAAGUGAUAAGCCUAUUGAUGAAAGCCCUAAAGAACCAAGUAAUGAUGAAGAAAUAAACUCUAAACUAAGUGAAAGCGUUAUUGAGAAAAAUGAAGUACCAUCUACAAAUGAAAAUCACACCAUUGCUAAUGAAGGUGAUGCAGAUGAAGAAGAAGGAGAUGAAGAAGAUAAUGAUAAUGAUGUGCCCCUAGGUAAGAAGGACGAGCCAAGCCAGAACAAGACUCAAACCCCUGUUAUUGAUGAAGAAGCCAUUCGUUUGAAUGCCCUACAGGAAAUGACACAAAUAGAACACGCCUUUGCCAGUGUGCGUCAAAGAUUAUACGAACAUAAACUAACCAAGUUAGAAACAGAAUUAAAAAUGUGUCUUGAUGGAUCUCACCCUGAUCUACAAUCCUACUACCAGAUCAUCCAGGCCGUUCGUGAUGACAAGUUGCGCCGUGCAUACCAUGUGCAAAAAUACUCUCUGCAUUGUAUCAGCAAAGAGACUCACGCUUCCAGAACCAUGGUCCACCAGGAUUUCUACCGCCGUACUACCCAACUGCGUGCCCAGUUACUUCAAGAUACCACCCAACAAUGGUAUGAUAUUAACAAAGAACGUCGUGAAAUUGAUGCCCCACCAUCUGCCGAGCCUGUGUAUCACGUGCCUGUCAAGGUGGCGCACGUGACACUCAGCUGUGUUACCGGAUAUGCGGGUCCUGCUCAACCAAGACUCCCAGGAGAACCAAUUUCUGAGGAUGUGGCUGCUGAAGGUGUGGCACUCAAGUUCCGUGCUAACCCAGUAGACAAACUGGAAGUAAUCGUGGACCGUAUGCGUCUAAAUAACCAACUAAGUGACUUACAGGGACUGGACCGCUACUACCACGGCUUCCCUGGUGCACCUGACCUGGCACCACUACGAGACUCGGAAGUGGCAGACGAUUUGGCUGCAUUACGUAAUGUACUACACGGGUCACGUGCAGGGUAA